UCACCUUACUAUAAAUAACUGUUUUGAAUUGACAUAUUAUGGGUAGGCACACGCAGCCAUUAAAGUUUCUCUCCCUUAAAAAGACAACUUUUCAAAACAAGAAGAGACACGGAGAGAGAGAAAGAGUGAAACAGAACAACGUAAGACUUCAAUCCAACAGAAGAAAUGGUGUGUUUCUGUUUUCUGGUGGAUCAGAGGAGGAAGGUGCAGCGGAGCAAGCCGGCGGCGGGGACGUGCUCGCGGUGCGGCGGCGGAGCCAGCGUGGCGGAUAUGAUGACACAAACCAGAUUUUGCUACAUUCCAUUUUACUCCAAAUCUUGGAAAGCUAUUAUUUGCACUUUUUGUGGAGCCACUCUCAAAUCUUACAGAUGAGCACCACCUUAAUAUUUUCAUUUCUUAAUGUCUCACAGUAUAUGUAAUAUACACAAUAUAAUCUAUGUUUUCGUUUAUUAGUUUCUUCUUUGUUUUUUGUUUUUCUGAUACUUUUCUUCUGCUCUACAACAUUUUCUUGUCUCCUCUGGAACCCAACAAGUUAGAUACUUAUUUACUGUAGAAAGUGAAAUUUUUACAUAAAAGAUUUAAAUAUAGUACUUUUUGUUAUCUUUACAGUGUUUAUUAUGCAAUGCUUGUUGCUUCGAGUGG